AUGGAAAAAGAUAGAUCUGUGAUUGAUACUACCAAAUCAAAGACAAAUGAGGGACUACCAAAUGAUACUGAAAUGGUGAUAGAAUCCUCUGAGGAUUUAGAAGUAGUAAAGAGUUUUGAUGAUCUUGGCGUCAGAGAAGAACUACUAAGAGGUAUUUAUGCAUAUGGUUUCAAUAAGCCUUCUGCAGUAUAACAAAGAGCAAUUUUACCUAUUAUUAAGGGCAGAGAUGUCAUCGUCUAGAGUUAAAGUGGUACCGGAAAGACCUGUGUUUUCACAACUGGCGCUCUUUAAUCUAUUGAUCUACAACUAAGAGAGCCCUAAGUUCUCAUAUUAUCACCAACUAGAGAACUAGCUGAGCAAACUCAAAAAGUUGCACUCGCUCUCGGUGAUUAUAUGCAGGUUAAAGUUCAUUGCUGUAUUGGUGGAAGAAACGUUAACGAGGAUGUAUUUAAGCUUGAGCAUGGAACUCAUAUUGUUUCUGGAACCCCUGGAAGAGUUUUCGAUAUGAUCCAGAGAAGAACCUUCAAAACUACUUCAAUAAAAAUGCUCAUUCUAGAUGAGGCUGAUGAAAUGCUUAAUCAGGGUUUCAAGGACCAAGUCUAUGAUAUUUAUAGAUAUCUCCCAUAUGGUACUUAAUGUGUAGUUAUAUCAGCUACUUUGCCUUAGGAGAUUCUAGAAAUGACUAAUAAAUUUAUGAAUGACCCCGUCAAAAUUCUGGUCAAAAGAGAUGAAAUUACUCUUGAUGGAAUCAAGCAGUUCUUUGUUGCAGUCGAUAAAGAGGAAUAUAAAUUUGAGACGCUUUGCGACCUCUAUGAUACUCUUACUAUCACUCAGGCUGUUAUUUUCUGUAACAAAAAGAAUAAAGUUGAGUGGCUUGCGAAAGAGAUGAGAAAGGCAAAUUUUACUGUAUCAUAUAUGCAUGGAAGUAUGCCUCAGAAAGAAAGAGAUGCAAUUAUGGCUGAAUUUAGAGCUGGCCAAAGUAGAGUUUUGAUAACAACUGAUGUUUGGGGUAGAGGUCUUGAUGUCUAGCAAGUCAGUUUAGUUAUUUGCUACGAUUUACCUCUCAACAGAGAACUUUAUAUUCAUAGAAUUGGUAGAUCAGGUAGAUUUGAAAGAAAAGGUGUUGCCAUUAAUUUCGUUACUAAUGAAGAUGUUAGAAUUUUGAGAGAUAUUGAGCAAUACUACUCCACACAGAUUGAUGAGAUGCCAAUGAACAUCACUGGGUUUAUGUGA